AUGAAAGACAAGGAAAACUGGGUGAACAUGUAUGUUUACAAACAUGCCCAUUUUGGCAAUCGCAUGUCGAACCGUGCAGAAAGUGCCCAUGCUUCUCUCAAGCAUUCUCUUGGUACUUCCUCGGGUAAACUGAAGACAGUUACCCUUAAAGUAAAAAAGUGGUAUGACGAGUUGGUUGCAGAUCGCAAGCAUCGGCUAAUGGUAGAAAGCCUUGGAGAAGGAACAAAAAUUGUGUUCAAUAAAGUCAAUGCCACCAGACUAAAUGACAUCCGUCUUAAAGUCUGUAGAUUUGCAAUGGAUCAAAUCAAAUUAGAAUUAUCCAAAUCCAUUAUACCCGAAAAACUAGCCAAAGAGUGCAAAUGCCUCAUACAAUACAACUACCUGCUUCCUUGUUACCACACACUCGCCAAAUUCGAUACCAUCCCAAUCUCCUGCAUCCCAAGACGCUGGAGAAAAAACUAUCUAGAAGGAGAAAACCAUUUAACUAUCCAAAAUGCAACCCCAGUACCCCCAAACAUCAACAAUAUCAAACCAAUAACCCCAGAAUUCAACUAUGCUCUUGAGCUUAUUUGCGAACAUUUCGCCAAUGCUCAGAGCGAACAAGAACAAAUCAAUAUAUACCAAUUGAUAGAAAAAACUUUGAAACAAAUCGACGCACAGAAACUCGAAAACCUUAAGGGCCCAACAGUAGUUGAAGCCAUUAAAGGCCGACCAAAAAAAUACCAAGCGCAAGAUGAUUGCAUUAGAGCAUUGCAUCAAUACCGAAAAAGAAAAAAUCACAAAAAAAAUUAA